AUGAGGCCUGAACAAUUGCAUGUUGCACAACAAAUUAGGCGAGACAAACUAAGGAUCCAGAAUCAAGAGUUUCCUAACAACAACAGCAACAUAGAAGAGUUAUUAUUAUCAUUACACCAACAACAACCACAACAAGGUUUCAACAUGGAUAUUCAUCAUCAAGUAAGAAAUUCCAACAACAACAACAAUAUGCUUGAAGCUGAUGAAGUUGGUAUUUAUUCAUCUGAUCAAAUGAUGAACAGUUUUUCAUCACCGUCGAAUCCGUUACACAGAAGCCCCUUGGAGUAUUAUCAGGAGCUAGGUGAAGCGAGUAACAGUAACAAUAAUAAUAGAUUGAGUUAUUAUUAUGCAAAUGAAGCAAAUCACAAUGUUUUUUUGCCUUCUGAGCUUAACCAUAACCAUGGUGAUAUUUUCAAGUCUUCAAAUUCUAUUAGUCCUCAAAGUGCUUCUUUAAUGCAUCAUGGUGUUUGGGGAGGUGUGAAUAGUAGUCAUAAUGUGUUCCAUGAAAACCAAGGUGAUUUGUGGACAAGUAGAGGUGUUGUUACUCUCGACAACAACAACAACAUGGGUUCUUUCUUUAAUGAUUGUAAUAAUCCACAAGGGUUAUCUUUGUCACUUUCAUCAAAUUCUUCUUCACAGUCUAAACCUUCACCUCCUGCUUCAACUUUCGAACAAGGAUCUUUCUUAAACGUUGCGAAAUCGAUUCAUCAAGCAGAACCAAUGGGAAUUUCUUCAAACACUAGCCCUACUACUACAACUACCGGUUUUAGGAACGUUGGUCCUCUUGGACCCUUUACUGGAUACGCAACAAUAUUGAAAAGUUCAAGGUUUUUAAAACCUUGUCAAGAGUUGUUAGAGGAAUGUUGUUGUAAAUCUGGUGUAACUAUUGCAAAAUCAUUUGACAAUGUUCCAAAAUGGGUUUCUCGAGAUGUUAGUGUUAAUGUUGAAGAUCAUGAAACUGGAAAAGGUAGUAGUAGUUCAGGUGGUUCAAAAGAGAAAGAGAAUAGUGCUCUUGUUGUUGCUGAUGGAGGAGGAGUUGGGAAUAACUUUUGUCUUUCUUCUUCUUCUAGUUCUCGACCAGAGUGCCAAAAGAAUAAGGCUCAACUACUGUUCAUGCAAGAAGAGGUUAUAAGAAGAUACAAGCAAUAUCAUCAACAAAUGCAAAUGGUGGUUUCAUCAUUUGAGUCAGUAGCAGGUCUAAGUUCAGCUACACCAUACAUUUCAAUGGUUCUCAAGUCACUAUCAAAACACUUCAGAUGCCUUAAAAAUGCUAUCACAGAUCAACUCAAGCAUACAUGUCAAGUAUUGGGAGAGGAUUUUUCAAUACUACCAACCACCACAUGUAGUACUAGCAGUACUAAAAUUGACAGUAAUAAUAUGACAAGGCUAAGGUUCAUGAAUAAUAGCUUACACAAGAACACUAAUAUUGACUUUGUUGAACCUCAACAACAUGUUUGGAGACCCCAGAGAGGCUUACCUGAACGCUCAGUGGCCAUCCUUAAAGCUUGGUUGUUUGAGCAUUUUCUUCAUCCGUACCCUACAGAUACAGAUAAACACAUGUUGGCAACACAAACAGGUCUAUCAAGAAACCAGGUAUCAAAUUGGUUCAUAAAUGCCCGAGUUCGUGUAUGGAAACCAAUGGUUGAGGAAAUACACAUGCUUGAGUCAAAAGGCACAGCAGAAGCUCAGAAUCAGAACAAUAACAAAAACGAACCAUGCAGAGUUGGAACACAUGAAAGGAAAUUUCAGUGUUUGGAAAUGGGGUCAUCAUCUUCGGGCAUUCACAAUGUUGAAAAGGUAAUUACAAAUGAAGAGCAAUGGAAUAAUAAUAUUCAAGAGAAGAGAUCCAAAAUGGAAAAUGAGAUUACACCAAACAUGAAUAUGGGUUUUUUGCCGUAUCAACAUGGAUCCGUGUCAUUAACUUUGGGUCUUAGACAUGGCGUUGAAAGUGUACAACAGCAACAUUUGCAGCAGCAGGAGGUAGAGCUUAGACAUCAUCAAUAUGGAGGGCACAUGAUCCAUGAUUUUGUGGGUUGA